UAAUAAUCAAGAAACUUCUCCACAGGUGUUAAGAAAAGAAGCAGGCCUUUGUCUCUGCCACUAUGGAUAUGAAAAUCUAUGGUCGAUUGGCUGUAGCAGCAGCUCCAUUUGUCCUUCUUUACUCUAUGCCAUACAAGACACAUGUCUUGGUGAAGGUUGUUCUAACUUUAUUGUGGCUCAGUUGUCUCCGUCAACUUCCAAGAAUCUUAAUAAUGUUUAGACCGGAUAAAGAUAGCUUCCGUGAAUCUCUUAUUAAUGACUUAUCGGCUGCUGGGGAUCCAGGAACAAAAUUAAAAUCUCAUUUCAAUGCCAUGGCUUCUCAAACUGUGCCUCAAAAACCAAUAGAAUUGAAGCUUUCUAUAAACAAAAAAAGCAACCAAGUUCUAUAUGCAGAGUGCAAUACAGAUUUUGUAAACGUUUUGCUUAGCUUUCUGACACUGCCGAUGGGAAAAAUUGUAAGACUGGCUGAUAAGAAAUCUGGAAUAGGGUCAAUGGAUGACAUGUAUAAGAGUGUAGAGCAUCUUGAUGAAGAAUACUUUUGGACGAAAGCGGGCAAGACCAUGUUGCUUGAUCCAAGGAGUGCUUAUGGACUACAAUGCAGCAACCUAGUUGUAAAAAUUGAUCAAACAGAUUAUUCAAAACUCUAUAUUUGUGGAAGAUCUCUAUGCUUGGCCUUGUAUCUUGGACUUGGAUAUUUCAGCUUGGUUAAGGAUUCAGUUUGUACUUAUUGUGGACAAGUCAUGGACAAUGAGAUAUUCCUGCAGAAUGAAGGUGAGCUUAUUGGCAGGAGUUUUAUCAGUAAUGAAAUUAAUAGGUACAUCAUCCGUGAUGAUUUAAAGGUAUUACCAGCAUCAAUGGAUUAUGCUCUUUCCUGGCUUCGGAGACAAAAUAUCAGAGAUAGCACUGAUGUCAAGGUGAAGAUAGUUAAUAUUGGUGAAAAUGAGGUUUUGCAUCUGCUUCAUCGUUCAAUGAUCUCCAAAACGCCACUAACAGAUGUGCUUUUGCUCAAGGAUCGGAAUUAUGUUUCUAAUUCAUUAAGGGUGCCUUAUCAUCAAUAUCUAAGGCGACAGGGCUUGAGCUCCAACAAGAUGAUGGUGAAACUAUGGUUCAGCAAGUCUACUAAAAAAGUAAUCUGUAUCGAAGCAGAAGAAGGUUUUGUUAAUUUUUUGUUCACCUUUCUUACCCUUCCUUUAGGUGCCAUUAUCAACAUGUUAAAGGGGAAAUCUUCCAUGGGAAGCGUACACAAGUUGUAUGAGAGUGCAAAGGAGUUGAGUGAAAUGAAAAUUAUUAACAGAGAAUAUAAGGAAAUGCUGCUUAGUCCAAAGCUUGAACGCAUGUUUGGUUGCUCUUACCAACUGCUCCAAAUUCAGGAACAGACAAUACCAUCAUCCUUGGUAUAUAACAAUUGUUCUUGUUGGAGAUUCCAGCAGAUAAAAGCAUGUGAACAUUUCAAACCGACACUCCAAAUAGUGAAUCCCAAAUGGCCUAGCAGGACAACAGGUGGUGCUUUCAUCAAAGGAUGUAAGUUGUUGGUCACUGACAAUCUCGAAAUCAAACCUCUAUCAACUGUCUCUGAUAUACACAAGCUUGGUCGUAUUCCCUUUGAGGACAUGGAAUCCAUGACCGUUAAUGUGGGAGAAGAGGAGGCCUUAAAUCUUCUUCAAGCCUCUCUCAUCUCCAAAAGUGUUCUUAGCCAUGCUUUCAGCUCCCAGGUGAUCAACAGAAAGUGAUUGGUUUUCAUCUAAAGAAUGGAAAUUCUGUUAAUCAUACAUCUUACUUGUAAUAGAUAUCUUUAUUCCCUGAAUUUAUAAUGUGUACUCGUAAAUUGUAAACUUUAUAUUUAAAAAAUCCUAUAGCAGCUAGCUGACACCCUGUGCAAAGAAACAGCAGAUUCUAGAUCCUUAAGAUUAACCCACCAAAGCAAAGAAAUUUGGUCGUUUUG